GGCAACUCCCUAAGGAACAUAACUCUUCUCUCAUUUCCCUCUCUGCCACCAAAUUUCAAACAACCAAACAAUACAACAUUCAUAAUUUCUCUCCAAUCUCAUUGUGUCCAUUGUUCACUCACAAAUCACAAUGACAACAUUAGCAAUCACUUACAUUUUGCUAACAAUCUUUCUCUCAGCAGAUAUUGGAUUUAUCGGCCGCGUUGCGUCGUUCGGAGUAAACUACGGCCAAGUAGCUAACAAUCUGCCGGCACCGGAAAAAGUUCUCCAACUCUUCCACUCCAUGAAGAUCACAAAAACAAGAAUCUAUGACACCAACCCACAGAUUCUAAAUUCUCUUGCUAAUUCAAACGUUGAGGUCAUUGUAACAAUUGAAAACCAAAUACUAAGCCAGUUAAACGACCCUCAACAAGCACUUCAAUGGGUAAACGACCACAUCAAACCUUUCCUACCUGCCACAAAGAUCACAGGGAUUCAAGUAGGGAAUGAAGUUUACACGGAAUUAGACCCCACUCUCAUUCAGUAUCUUGUUCCAGCAGUGGUGAACAUUCACAACGCGCUUGUUCAGUUUGGAUUGAACUCAAACAUCCAUGUGUCAACACCAUGUUCGUUAGAAGUUCUCGAGGAAUCUUACCCUCCUUCAGCUGGUAGUUUCAAGAGUGAAAUCUCAGGGAUCAUGUACCAGUUUUUGAAAUUUUUGCAAGCAACUAACUCACCCUUUUGGGUCAAUGCAUAUCCCUAUUUUGCUUACAAGAAUGACCCUAGUAAAAUUUCAUUGGACUAUGUAAUGUUCAAUCAUAAUCAAGGAAUGGUUGACCCUAACACCAAGCUUCACUAUGAUAACAUGCUUUAUGCUAUGGUGGACGCGGUUACAUUCGCGAUUGCGAAACUAGGAUUUAAUGGGAUUGAGGUUAGGGUUUCCGAGACCGGUUGGCCGUCAAAAGGUGAUUCUAAUGAGGUUGGUGCGAGUUUGCUGAAUGCUGAAACUUAUAACAAGAAUUUGUUGAGGAGGCAAAUGGCGAAUGAAGGGACACCUCUGAGGCCGAGGAUGAGGUUGGAGGCGUAUUUUUUCGCGUUAUUUAAUGAAGAUAUGAAGACUGGAGCCACCUCGGAGAGAAACUUUGGCCUCUUUCAACCUGAUGAAAGCAUGGUUUACAAUGUAGGGCUUUCUGAUUUUGCUGCAUCAUCAACUUCAUCUACUUCAAUUUCUCUUACCUCCUCUGCCUCUGUGACAAAGGUCGCACCAAAGGAGUACCAAAGUUUAUUCUAUGGGAUAUUUGUGUAUCUGUUGAGUACAGCUUUGCGAAGACUGUUCUAAAAUCCUAUGGAGUGAUUCAUGUGUACAUAUUUUGCACCUUUCAAGUUGCAAAAUGGAGACCCCUUAAAAGUAUCUCAAGUAUGAUGAUGAUGUAUAUUAAAGGUAGCAUAUUUUGUAGAAAUCAAUUAGGACCAACACACUUUCUAAGCGAUGAGGCAAUUACAAAAUCAAAUGUACGGCGAAGAGACAAGGCAAUUCAAUGGAAGAUAUGGUCUUUCAUGUAGUGGCUCUAACUUUCACUCACUUUCCAGCAACAAGCAUGUGGAGGUGACGUUUCAUUGAGCUUAUUUUAGGUAGAUAAGGACCAUAAGCCACCUCAUCAAUUAUUUUUUCUGCAAGAUUUUGCAGAAGAAUUAGUAUAUUCUAGCUAGGUAGAUUCUGUUUUACUUUCAAAAAAAAAAAAAAAAAAAAAAGCUAGGUAGAUUCUGUUUUAUUACCUAAAAAUUUGAUUUUGUAUAUUGCUGAUGAUUAUGUAGAAUUGAUUUCAUUCAUAUCCAAUUGAUGAAGAAGUAAAAAAAUAAGCUUCUACUUGAGAACA